UCAACCCCACUGCUGAUGUCACUGAUGAUGAAAUUAAAGAGCACUGGCCCCAGCACUGACCCCUGGGGGACACCGCUCAUCAUGAGCCAUCCAGACAUCCAGACAUUGAGCCACUUUGGACCCGAACCUGCAGCCAGGUCUUCAUCCAUCAAACAGUCCACCCACCAAAUCCCCAUCUUUCCCAUUUGUAGAGAGGGAUGUUCAGGGUACCAUGGCAAAGGUCUGACACGGAUGACACGAGUGGCUCUUCCCUUGUCCGCUGCUGCAGUGACACCGCCAGAGGAGGCCACUAGGUUGGUCAAGCAGGAUUAGCCCUAAACACGGGGCACACAUAAGCUCCAAUGGAGACUGCAGACAGGCAGAUCGCAGUAACUGAGUCAGAAAACGAUGAGCUCUGAGGAUAGGUGGGGGGGGGGGAAUAAAAUAAAGCACUAACAGGAGGACGAUGUGCGAUGAGACAACGGCAGACGAAGCCGCGGUGCCGGGAGGGCUGCUGGGAGGACGAGAGACGGCUUCCCAGUCCAACGGCUGGGCAGAUGCCGGCCGGCCGCGGGGCGCCAUGGCGGACGGCUACCAGCUGUGGGCCCCCUCGCCCCUGGACGAGUCGCUGAGCUGGCUGCGGGGAACGCAGCCGCAGCCUCCGCCCGCCGCCUCGGCUCACCCGUUCCGCUGGGCCGGCCUGCAGGCGGCGGCGGGCGGGCGGCGGGGCGGGGGAGCCGCGUUGCCGCGUCCUCAAGCCGUGAGGUUGCAGAGCCUCGACGCCGUCUUCGAGCGGUUGGUGACGGCGCAGCCGCCGCGCCGGAUCGGCGUCCUGCGUGUGUCGGAGCGCUCGGCUUUUUGCAGGGUGGUCGACCCGCGGCGGUGGUGGGCCCGCGGGCUGCGGGAGGCGGAAGCGAGGGUGGCCGCCGCCAUGUGCCAGCAGAUGAUGCGCGCCAUCCUGCUGCUGUACGCCGCCUACAAGAAGUGCGCCUUCGUCCUGCAGCACGCACCCUGAGCCCGCCGGGAACGCGGGCUCCGAGCCGUGCCCGCAGCUCUCGCACUUGGAAGCCCCGCCGCCUUCCCUCGUGUGGCCUGACUCCGAAGGCAGCUGGUGGAGGCGGGAAGCUGUGGAGGCGGCCUUGAGAAUAGGUGGAUGAAAGCCUGUGCGCCCCUUGCAGAGACGCGAUGCUACGCCUGCCUGCUUUUGGGACCCCCCCGCCUCACUGGUGCUAUGGGGGAGCACGCUUCUGGCUUGGCGUGCUGUGUGAACGUCGGGUGGGGUGUGAGGGAAGGGACUGGGGGGACCUCACCCAAAGGAGAGGUGCUGCUGCUGCUGGACAGUGCUGAGAGAAAAAGUGUUUACACUUAAUGUAUAGCUGCAGGUACAAACUGCUUCCCUAAGCUUGUGAGCUUCAAAGUAAAAUCAUUUAUUCAUUUCAAGGACCUCCGGAAAACCCUCAGGAACCCCUUAACAAACCUUUAGUUUGUACAGUUUACCAGCCUUGUCCGUUAUGGGAAUGAACUGGUUUACAAAGAAUUCAGAUUGCAGUUCAGCAUUCAGAACAAAAUCUCUGCUCGUUUACAACUGGUGAAGGCACUCGUGGAAAUGCAGUCUGCAAAGUUAACCCGUCGGCUUUUUUUCUUUGUUAGUUUGUUUUAUUUAUAGAAGAAAUAUAACAAGUAUAUAAGAAGUAGAGGAAUACUUAGAACAAAAGUCAUGCCAGAAAAGUUAUCAAGAAUUUGUGCCCGUUUUAAUUAAAAAUUUCUGUACAAUUAAAUGCGUAAGUAUGGUGUAUAGCAUGUUUACAGCUAACGAAAACAACUUGUAAAGAAAGUUUUUACCUUCAAAGUAACCUAAAUAAUAUUUCUUCUUGUUUUAAAUGCUUUUUAAAAAUCUGCGUACAUCGCUUUUUAGAAAUGUACUGCUUGUAUUUUAGCAGUCCAAAUAAAAAUUGUUCUGAUGUAUUUCCUGC